UCUUGUACGAAGCUGACAAACACUUUUUACAAUUUUUGUAAUCAUUGCCCACUGGUCGUUGAAAUUUUCAUAUUUGUUUGUAAUAUCUCAUUUAGAGUAAAAUGUCUGCACGUUACGAUCGCGCCGUUACAAUUUUCUCACCAGAUGGACAUCUGUUGCAAGUGGAAUAUGCACAGGAAGCGGUGCGCCGAGGAUCUUCGGCGGUGGGAGUACGUGGGAAAGAUGUAGUUGUGCUGGGUGUAGAAAAGAAAUCUAUGCCUACUAUGCAAUUAGAUCGGACAGUACAGAAAAUUUGUACAUUGGAUGAUCAUGUCAUCAUAGCCUUUGCCGGUUUAACUGCUGAUGCGCGCAUUCUUAUUAACCGAGCCAGAGUUGAAUGCCAAAGCCACAAAUUAAAUGUCGAAGAUCCUGUAACAUUGGAAUAUAUUACUCGGUAUAUCGCUCAGUUAAAGCAAAAGUACACACAGAGCAAUGGCCGGCGACCAUUUGGGAUAUCUUGUUUGAUAGCUGGAUUUGAUAACAAUGGUGAUCCACAUCUUUACCAAACUGAACCCUCUGGUAAUUAUUACGAAUGGAAAGCAAAUGCAGUUGGGCGAGCAGCCAAAACAGUGCGCGAGUAUUUGGAAAAACAUUACAAAGAGGAGUGUGUAGCGGAAGAGAAUGCCGCAGUUAGACUCACAAUAAAAGCACUUCGAGAAGUGGCACAGUCCAGUGGGAAUUUGGAAAUCGUUGUGAUGAAGAAAGCGGAGAAACCCGGGGAUAGCCCAAAACUAGUAACUCUGUCCGCAGAUGAAGUUAUGAAACAUAUUGAAGCUAUAAAAGAGGAAAAGGAAGAGAAUGAGAAAAAAAGCCAGAAAAAGUAAAUACUGGAGAAGAUAGUCUUAAGAUUUCCACACAUCUUAAUAUUUUCCAAUGUAAAUCUUCUAUAAUUGGAAAUAAAACAUGUUUUAAUAAAGAUCUAUACAAUCCGA